UCUCACUAACGCCAGAAGGAAAGUCAGCUCUCCUCUCCUCCCCUCUCCAAUGCAAAACUGAACAGGUUCCUCCCCUCCCCUCCCUCUCCCUCUCCCUCUCCUUCUCCGGCAAAUACAAUGUCCCUCUCUAGAUCACAACCAAGCAACACCACAACUGAUACAAUCCUCCCUGGCCCACCUUCCCGUAAUAACUUUUCCUCCCUCGAUCUUUCAUCUUCAAAUCUCCUCGCCUUUCCCUCCGGUUCUUCCAUUUCCAUAGUUGAUGCUCUUUCCCUCCAAUUAAUCUCCACUUUUCCUCUCCCUCCUCCUCCUUCUUCCACUUCCUCUCCUUCUCUUUCCCCCUUCAUCACUUCCGUACGCUUCACGCCUUCUCCUCUCAAUCGCAACCUCCUCUCCACCGAACCUUCUUCCUCCCACCUCCUCCUCGCCGCCGCCGACCGCCAUGGCCGUAUUGCUCUCCUCGAUUUCCGCCUCAAGUCCAUUGUCCUCUGGCUCGAACCUGAUCCCAAUCCGAAAUCUGGUAUCCAAGACCUUUGCUGGAUCCUCUCUCGUUCCGAUUCAUACGCCCUCGCCGCCAUUUCUGGUCCUUCUUCUCUUUAUCUCUACACCACCACCGGCGCCGCUUCCACUGCCACCGCUUCGAAUUGUUGUUUCUUUAAGUACGAUGCGUCGCCGGAGUUUUUGUCGUGCAUUCGUCGUGAUCCGUUUGAUUCGCGGCAUUUUUGUGUCAUCGGACUUAAAGGAUUUUUAUUGUCGGUGAAAGUGCUCGCAGAGAGUGAGAAUGACGUCAUUUUAAAGGAAUUUAAGAUUCCGACGGAUUAUAGUGAUUUGUUGAGGCUAGAGAAGGACGUAACGCCGAGCAGUGGUGGUGUGGGAGGAUCCUUGGCGCCGGCAUCGGCGGUUUUUCCGUUGUAUAGUGUGAAAAUGGCGUUUUCACCACAAUGGAGGAAUAUUCUGUUUGUCACGUUUCCUAGGGAGCUUGUGGUUUUUGAUUUGAAAUACGAGACCGUGCUUUUUAGUGCUGCAUUGCCUAGAGGCUGUGGGAAGUUUCUGGAUGUUUUGCCGGAUCCGAAUAAUGAAUUGCUUUACUGCGCUCAUCUUGAUGGAAAGCUCAGUAUUUGGCGGCGAAAAGAAGGAGAACAGGUGCAUGUAAUGUGUGCAAUGGAGGAGUUGAUGCCGUCAAUUGGAACAUCGGUCCCUUCUCCUUCAGUUCUAGCUGUUGCCAUUUGUCAGUCAGAGUCUACGCUCCAACAUGUUGCUAAGAUUUGUUCUGAUGCACCUGAUUCUCCGUCGGCUGAGGUGGAUUUUGACAAUCCUUUUGAUUUCUGUGAUGAUACUGUUGUUCACUCUACUACACAUAUGAUCUCAAUUUCUGAUGAUGGAAAAGUAUGGAACUGGCUGUUAACUGCUGAAGGGACUGGAGACAAUCAUAAGGAUACGGUUGCUGAUUCCCAUGAAAUUCCACUUAUAGGGGACAAUGCCAAUGCUGUAGUUGUGACUGAUGGACUUGGCAAAGAAGCAGGCAAGCAACAUGAGCUUGGGAAUGGCAAUAAAAACCGCCUCUCAUCUACUUUGAGCCAGGAUUUGUCGUUUAAGAUCAGUUUAGUUGGGCAGCUGCAGCUUCUUUCUUCGACAGUUACUAUGCUGGCUGUCCCCUCUCCUUCUCUAGUAGCUACUUUGGCCCGUGGGGGGAAUUAUCCUGCUGUAGCUGUUCCUCUGGUUGCUCUGGGUACUCAAUCUGGGACAAUUGAUGUUGUUGAUGUUUCUGCAAAUGCUGUUGCAGCUAGUUUUUCAGUUCAUAAUAGUACGGUUAGGGGGUUACGAUGGCUUGGAAAUUCUAGACUUGUUUCAUUUUCUUACAAUCAGGUGAAUGAAAAAAAUGGAGGUUACAAUAAUCGGCUUGUUGUAACCUGUCUUAGAAGCGGUCUUAACAGACCAUUUCGAGUUUUACAAAAGCCAGAACGUGCACCCAUUAGAGCUCUACGAACUUCUUCAUCUGGAAGGUAUCUUCUUAUUUUAUUCCGUGAUGCACCGGUGGAGGUUUGGGCAAUGACAAAAACUCCCAUCAUGCUUAGAUCAUUAGCUCUUCCAUUUACGGUAUUGGAAUGGACUCUUCCAACAGUUCCUCGGCCAGUUCAAAAUGGUCCUUCUAAACAAGUGUUGUGGUCAUCGAAAGAUCAAACGCCUGUAGCACAAGAUGGAGCAUCCACUGCAAAGGAACCUGCAUCAGAAUCCACAGCAGGAAGCUCAGAUGCUUCUCAGGAUGACACUGCUGAAAGUUUUGCAUUUGCACUAGUAAAUGGUGCUCUUGGAGUUUUUGAGGUUCAUGGGCGGAGGAUCCGGGAUUUCAGACCGAAAUGGCCUUCAUCUUCAUUUGUGUCUUCUGAUGGAUUGAUUACGGCCAUGGCCUACCGCUUGCCUCAUGUUGUCAUGGGGGAUAGGUCUGGGAACAUACGGUGGUGGGAUGUAACAACUGGGCAUUCUUCAUCAUUUAACACUCACAGGGAAGGAAUCAGGAGAAUCAAAUUCUCACCUGUUGUUCCUGGAGACCGCAGCCGAGGGCUUAUUGCUGUCCUUUUUUAUGACAAUACCUUUUCUAUUUUUGACCUUGAUUUGCCAGACCCGUUAGCUAAUUCCCUUUUACAACCUCUAUUUCCUGGAACCCUUGUGUUGGAACUCGAUUGGUUGCCUCUGCGAACUAAUAGAAAUGACCCUCUGGUAUUAUGUAUUGCUGGAGCUGAUAGUAGCUUUCGCCUUGUUGAGGUUAACAUAAAUGACAAAAAACUUGGCCUCCAACCCCGAGCUAUUAAAGAAAAAUUUCAGCCUAUGCCUAUAUGCUCUCCCAUACUGCUUCCCACACCACAUGCACUGGCAUUGCGGAUGAUCUUGCAAUUAGGUGUCAAACCCUCUUGGUUUAACACUUGCAGCACAACUAUUGACAAGAGGCCUCACUUAAUUCCUGGAACUGCUUCAUUCAAAGGGGAUCUCCGGAAUUACAUAAUUGAUCUUCCACCUGUUGGUGACUCUGUGGUGCCAGAAAUGCUCCUCAAAGUGUUAGAUCCUUACAGGAGAGAAGGCUGCAUACUUGAUGAUGAAACGGCUAGACUAUAUGCUAUCGUAGUCAAGAAAGGCUGUGCUGCGAGGUUUGCAUUUGCAGCUGCAAUUUUUGGUGAAACCUCAGAAGCACUAUUCUGGUUGCAGUUGCCUCGUGCUCUUAAACAUUUGAUGGAUAAGCUAGUUACGAAGUCAACACAGAAAGCGCCUGUCUCAGCAUCAACCCCAGAGCUCGAUGACGUGACUAUGCUGAACAGAAUUUCAUCAAAGGGGAGGUCGGUAAUUGGGACUGAGAAAAAGGAUCCAUUGAGUGAAGGUCAACUUAGAUCAAUGGCUUUCCAGAAAGAAGAACUAUGGGAAAGUGCUUGUGAGCGCAUUCCUUGGCAUGAGAAAUUGGAGGGAGAAGAGGCUAUUCAGAAUCGAGUACAUGAGCUCGUUUCUAUUGGGAACUUAGAAGCAGCAGUCAGCUUGUUGCUUUCUACUUCUCCUGAGAGCUCUUAUUUCUAUGUAAAUGCUCUACGUGCAGUCGCUCUCUCGUCUGCUGUGUCAAGGUCUCUUCAUGAGCUUGCAGUUAAGGUUGUUGCAGCCAACAUGGUCCAGACAGACAGAUCAUUGUCUGGCACUCAUCUUCUUUGUGCUGUUGGAAGGUAUCAAGAGGCUUGUUCACAGUUGCAAGAUGCAGGAUGCUGGACGGAUGCUGCAACUUUGGCGGCUACACAUUUAAGUGGAUCUGAUUAUGCUAGGGUGUUGUUAAGAUGGGCCAACCAUGUCCUCCAUGCCGAACACAACAUCUGGAGGGCUCUUAUUCUUUAUGUUGCAGCUGGUGCAUUGCAAGAUGCCCUAGCAGCACUCCGGGAAGCACAACAACCUGAUACAGCUGCCAUGUUCAUACUUGCUUGCCAUGAAGGCCAUGCACAAUUUAUAUCAAAUUUAGGAAAUUCAGAUGAUGAAUCUGGGUCUUCAAUCAAGGAUACUCUCGUUGGCUUGCCAGGGUUGAAUCCAGAGAAUGAAGAUGUCAUUGCAGUAGGUGAAUAUUAUGGACAAUACCAAAGAAAGUUGGUGCAUCUGUGCAUGGACUCCCAGCCAUUUUCUGACUAAUUAACUGAGCAUACCACCAUAUUUAGCAAAGUUUCUCUCGUUCAAGUGAUAGUGAUGCCUAUUUCAUAGGGUGAUAAUUUCAAGUUAAAGAGACCAUGUCCAUGUUAAGUCACCAUGAUUGCAGGUUCAAAUCUGAAAAUUGAGUUGGACUCCUAUUUAGGGUUUGAAAAUUAGAAUGAACAGAGUGAUACACCCGUCUAUAUGAACACUUUCAGCUGAAUAACUCUGGCGAUGUUGUCUGUUGUAGAGAAAAUCACUGUGAUGGUUGAUAAUGUUGUAGCUGAUGUUAAAAUUUCCACUGGAACUCACAGUAAAGAAUAUGGUAGGAAGAAGUAGUUAUAUAGUAAUUCGUUUGUAUUGUUGCAAAAGCAUAAGAAAUUUGAUAUGAAUUAUGUUAUUGAUUUUCUAGUCACUUUCUGUGACAUUUUUGAGUAAAAAUAAACUAGUGCUGAUUGUUAUUA